AGUGAGCCAGACAGUUAACGUUAGCUAGCUAGCUAACAGUACGCUUUAACUUGCAAUGAAAAUUACUUUGACAACAUUUGAAACGUAUAAUAUCAAGAAAUUUAGCUAGCUAAACUAUCUUACCCGUAUACAUGGAUGAACGCUUCUCCCUCUCUGUCAUGGUUACUAUGGUUUCCCUUAGUUAAACUUAACCACAAUCUCUCUAUCUCAUUCUCUCUUCAGGAGUGGAAAGCAGACAUGUGCGCAGACAUGAACAAGACUUUCCUGUGUAACGACACCGCAAUGACGGUUGUGGUGGCUGGAGAGGCUCUCCCGUGGAUGGAGACCGACUUUCCAGAGCGCAAUGUCAGCCUGGGGCUCUCCACCGUCCCUCUGGACUUCCCCAUUAACCCGUGGGACAUCAUGCUUUGCAUGGCGGGCACUGUCAUCGCCUGUGAGAACGCCAUCGUGGUGGCUAUCAUCUUCUAUACACCCACCCUGCGCACCCCCAUGUUCGUGCUCGUAGGAAGCCUAGCCACAGCGGAUUUACUGGCAGGCAUGGGAUUAAUCCUCAACUUCGUGUUCCAGUACGUCCUCUCCUCAGAGACUAUCAGCCUUAUUACUGUUGGGUUCCUAGUGGCCUCCUUCACGGCGUCCAUAAGUAGCCUGCUGGCUAUAACAGUGGACCGGUAUUUCUCUUUAUACAAUGCACUGACUUACUUCUCAGAGAAGACGCUCCACUACGUGCACCUGAUGCUGGUGAGCACAUGGGGCGUGUCUCUGUGCCUGGGCCUGCUGCCUGUGCUAGGCUGGAACUGCCUGGACGACCCAAGCUUGUGUAGCAUCGUGCGCCCACUCACUCGCAGCAAUGUAACAUUGUUGGCGGUCUCUUUCUUCAUCAUCUUCAUACUCAUGCUGACCCUCUACUUCAAGAUCUGCAAGAUCGUGUGCCGCCACGCGCACCAGAUCGCUCUUCAACAGCACUUCUUCACCACAUCGCACUACGUGGCCACCAAGAAGGGUGUGGCCACGCUCGCCAUCAUCCUAGGCACCUUCGGCUCGAGCUGGCUACCCUUCGCCAUCUACUGCCUGGUGGGAGAGCGCGAAUACCCGUCGGUAUACACGUAUGCCACGCUGCUUCCGGCCACCUACAACUCCAUGAUCAACCCAAUCAUCUACGCCUACCGUAAUGCCGAGAUCCAGCACUCGCUCUACGUCUUCUUCUGUGGCUGCUUUCAGAGCAACGUAGCCACCCACUCCAGGUCACCCAGUGAAGUUUAGAGGGGUGCUGAGUGAACGUAUGUGUGUGUACGUGUGCAUGUUGACAACCGACAAUUCGCUUUCAGUUGACCGUUAAAUCCUUUAAACAAAAUGUAUGUCUAACAAGCAUCUGCACUUUAUUGCGACUGAAGACAAGGACACAGUCCGUCUGAAAUGCUGUGAACAACAGCUUUUGUAAAGAAAAAAAAUACGGCAUUAUGUAUUUAUAUGAGCAAAGAAUUAAAAAAACUAGCACUUUAUUGAAUGUAUUUGAA